UACUACCUUCUCCAACUGGGGCGCUGCUCAGUCCUCUGCUCUUUCAGGCCUCUGCGGUUUCUCCUGGGGCAGGCUUCAGCACCUUCGUUGCUGGGGGGCUGGGCCGGAAUCAGCUGCUUGACUUACCCUCCUCCGCCUGCAGCACCUCCGCCUCUGCAAAAAUGCAAAAUUUGCUUUUCUCUUGGAAGAGCGUGUGCCCAAGAGUUUGAGGAUGCAGAGUUGGAGUGUUCUUGGCUGACACCAUGGAAGGGGAAAAGAAGGCAAAGGUUAAAAAGGAAGACAGAAAGGCUGAAGAGGUUUAGAACAGAGAAUUCCCUUCCCCCAGGUGGAAUAAACUUCUAAUUCACUCUGCUGUUCCAGAUUUGUCAGUAAAAAUAUUUGGGUUGCCUCUUCCUUCUGCCGCUCCCAGUACUGCUUGUGUGCUCAUUGGGUGUGGACCUGAUACCUUUUUUGUGAAGCCACAGCUGAGGAGACUCCAGCGCUCGCCAUGGCUGACAAAAAGCCCAAGGAAGGUGUCAAGACUAGGAGCAAUGACCAUAUUAAUUUGAAGGUGGCAGGGCAGGAUGAUUCUGUGGUACAGUUUAAGAUUAAGAGGCAUACACCACUUAGUAAACUAAUGAAAGCCUAUUGUGAACGACAGGGUCUGUCAAUGAGGCAGAUCAGGUUUCUAUUUGAUGGGCAGCCAAUCAAUGAAACAGACACACCUGCACAGUUGGAAAUGGAGGAUGAAGAUACAAUUGAUGUGUUCCAGCAGCAGACAGGAGGUGUCUACUAAUAAUGGAACCUGCUACUUUACCCCAGAAUUCUGUCCUUCCAGAUCAAGAAGACAUUCUCAAUUAGAAAACCGCAAUUUGGUUCCACCACAGCCUGACUACUACGGUAUAGUUUUCUCUAGUAUUUCAUUUUCCCCUUCCCUGUUCAUUUACUGGACAUAAAAGUAACUGUGUAUGUGCACAAGCAUAUUGCGUUUUUUUAACUAAUUGGCCAAUAGUAUGUUUUUAUUGACAUCAAAUGGAGAUGGGAAGGGCAAAUACCCCAUUUCUGUGAAAAUGCUCCUUUUCUCCACUAGUGGCGUGUUCAUUCAGCCCUUUAUAUUCCAGUAAGUUGUUUUGCUCUCACUGCUUAACAAAACAAAGAGCAACAUAAAAACCUUUGCAUACCUUGUUAGAUUGGAGAAUUUUAAUGUUUUUCAUUUAUGAUUGAAAAACUAAGUUUAUAAUUUUUUGUACAUAGCUGUUACAUAUAGGGCAAUCUGUCUUUAGGUAGGGAUAAAACUGAAUCCUAGAUAGCUUUCCUUUCAAGUAAAAUGUCUUGUUUAAAUAAACUCCGUGUUUAAAAUGAAAAAAAAAAAUAACAAUUGGGUUGCUCUUAUCUUUAUUGAUUUGUAGUUCUGUAUAAUUCUGAAUCUAAGUCCUUUCUCAGAUACAGGUAUUGAAAAUAUUUUCUCCCAUUCUGUGACCUGCCUUUCACUCUCUUAAUAACAUCUUAAUUUUAAUAAAGUGGAAUCUAUUUUUUUUUUGUUUAGGGUUAGUGCUUUUUGUGUCCUUGCUAAGGAAUGCUUGACUAUAUCAAGGUCAUUAAGACAUUAUCCUAUGUAUCUUAAAUAACUUUCAUUUGUUUCACCUUCCACUUUUAAUCUAUGAUCCAUUUGGAAUUGAAUUUUGCAUAUAGUUUGAAAUUGAUGCAAAGGAUUAUUUGGAUUUAUUGGCUAACCCAGGUAAUCCAGAGCCACUUACCAAAAGGACCAUUUUCUCCCCUGCUGCAUUAUAAUGGAUUGUUUUUAUCAUAAAUGACAGUAUACAUAUAGAUCUCUUUUCAGAUUCUACCAUUGUUCAGUUUUUAUAUAUUUGCAAAAAUCACACAUUGGUUAAAUUGUUAUAGCUUUGUAAAGUAAUUUGAUUUCUGUAAAUCAUCAAAUUUUGUUUUUCUACAAGAUUUUAAUUGCUGUUAUUGCCAUUUACAAUUCUAUGUACAAUUUAGAAUCCACUUGUCAAUUUCCAUUUUAAAAAGCCUACUGGGAUUAUUAUUUUGUAUUGGAAAUUGAGUUAUAGAAAAUAAACAUCUUUA